AUGGUUCAGGAAAAUUCAAGCACCAUCACCGAGCUUGUCCUUCUCGGAUUUUCCAAUCACCCACAGGCUGAGACCCCUCUUUUCUUCCUCUUCUCACUGGUUUACCUGGUGAAUCUCUUGGGAAACACAGCAGUUAUCAUUUUGGUGCUAAUUGACUCCAGUCUCCAGACUCCCAUGUAUUUUUUCCUCUGUCACUUGGCCUUUCUCAACAUAUUUUACACCACGACUGUGGUCCCCAAAAUGCUCUUCAACCUACUUGCCUCCAGAAAAGUCAUCUCUUAUGACUUCUGCCUUGUCCAGACCUACAUCUCCCUGUUCAUGGGAGCAGCUGAGUGCAUUAUUUUGGCGAUCAUGGCUCUGGACCGUUACGUAGCCAUUUGUUACGCUCUACGCUACCUGCUCAUCAUGAACUGGUCUGCCUGUGUGCAGCUGGCUGUGGGGGCCUGGACCAUCAGCUUCUUUGCCUCAGUGGUACCACUCUACUUCACCACAGCUCCCUUCUGUGGCCCUUUUGUUAUUGAUCAUAUUUUUUGUGAAGUCCCGAUUCUUCUUCACAUGGUGUGCGGUGAUACAUCACUGCAGGAGACCAUGAUGCUGAUAGGCGCAUGUGGCACCCUCCUUCUCCCCUUCCUCCUCAUUGUCCUCUCCUACCUACACAUACUAGUCGCUGUGAUGAGGAUGAACUCAGCUGACGGUAGGAAAAAAGCUUUCUCUACCUGCAGCUCUCACCUGACUGUGGUAACCAUUUAUUAUGGAACAGGGUUGUUCAUGUACAUGAGACCCAAAUCUCUGUAUUCAGCUGAAGGGGAUAAAUGGAUUUCCUUGUUCUAUGCAGCCAUCAAUCCUGCUCUAAAUCCUCUAAUUUAUAGCCUGAGAAACAAGGAGGUGAAAAGAGCCUUGAAGAGAGUUUUAGAGAGAUGGACAAUGCCCCAAAGUCAGAAGAUGCUAUCUUGA